UAUAGGUUUGUUAUAUGUUGAGUUUUAAAUAAUUGGUUGGGGUUUCUCGACACUUACACUUUUCAUCAGGUUUGACGCUCAAAAUUUCAGGUGGACAAUUGAGCUUUUAAAAUGCCUCUUCUUGAAAUGGCCCUUGUUUUCAAUAACAUUUACCACGGACUAAGCCGUUGCUUUAGUCCCAAUGUAGAAAAAUUUCAUUCUUCACAUCAGUCAGUUUCAUUUUCAAGAAAGAAGAUGCGAAGCCGGCGACGCAAAAUAGAAAAGCCUGGUCGAGGAUCGCGACAUUUGCGGGCCAAGCGUUUCCCUGUCGGCGAGGAAAGUGAUCAGACUGAGAGUAUAUCCUCGGACCAAACAGAGCUUCUAGCAACACCCACUUUUGCAUCUUCUCCGAAGACCUUGAAUCCUGUGCCUGUGAUACCUUCAUACGAGUUGCAGCAACGCCUGCUAUUGCAACAACGUCCAUUGAUGACUAAUGCCCGUCAGGCGGUAACAUUUCAACUGACGAGCUGGUGGUACAAAGCGUGGCCCACCUUAGUUUCCGCAAGUGUUCAGUUGAGCUUCGGAUCGUCCAUCAUUAACCACUCAUUGCUGGGGGAAUUUGAAGAGGGGGAGUCUCCAGCCCUGACGAUAAUUAUAGGGAUUACACAGGCAUUAAAGAGGGUUUGCAAUCAUGCGGACAAUGCCAUUUCUAAUACAGGCCCAGGUCCCUCAUACAUACCCACCUCACCGGCCAUGGAGCUGAUAGACCUUAAUGAUGUGGUGCACCGCCUGAACAAUGUCCUGGUGGACUAUCUAAUGGCAAACUUUAAUACGGAGGUGUCACAGGUCGAGUGAAAGGAAUCGAGUAAUCCAUAGUUAUGAAAUAAAUUACAAAAUAAUGUACUAAACAGGCAUCAAGAUAAUACUACAAUGAAUUUAGAAUUUAUGCAAAUAUCAUGUAUCCCAACAGUUAAGUUUAACCAAACUCCAAACCAAAUGUGA